CGAAGAGACAGUGCGAGAAUUUAGCAAUAAUAGUAGCCAACGAAACCAAAAGAUACAUCUUCUGAGGCAAAGGAUCUAGGUAUUUUUAGAGUUGAAAACAAUAACAAUAACCCGUGCCGAUCACGAGGAAAUCACACGGAUGAAUCGUCACGAGGUCACCGAAGUCACGAGUUAGGCUGGGAAACAGACAAAUACACGAAAGACGUCACAGUACCUACUACUUCAGAUGCAAGGGAUAAGCGACUAACGAUCAUGGCUGCAUUUGAAGAUUUUUGUAGGAUUACACUCCUUUUUCUAGUCGUUAUUUCUGCAAGUGAUGCCUUCCGUCUUCGAGCUAAUUUUCCUCGACCGCAAGGGAAGGAUUUUGGACUUCACGCGAAGAGACAUUUGUGUCCGUUUUGCAUCUACGAGACGAAAACGUUUAGCCAGAAGCUGGAUCAUUUUGGCUUCAGUGACAAUCGCACUUUUCCACAGCGUUACCUUGUGGCCAGAAAGAACUGGGUAGAAGGAGGACCAAUUCUCUUUUAUACCGGAAAUGAAGGAGACAUCACCUGGUUUGCAAACAACACGGGAUUCAUGUGGGACAUCGCUGGGGAAUUUAAAGCCAUGCUAGUUUUUGCAGAGCAUAGGUACUACGGCAAGUCGUUACCAUUUGGAAAGCUGUCUUACAAGGGACCGAAGUAUUUAGGAUAUUUAACUUCAGAGCAAGCUUUGGCUGACUUUGCAGUACUUAUUCAUCACAUAAAGUACUGGGCCGAGAUUCAGUAUGGUGGCAAGAAACUAAAAGCUCACAGUAAUAUAGUGUUCAGUAACGGUGCCCUUGAUCCCUGGGCUGCAGGCGGGGUUACCCGCAACAUAAGCGACAGCCUCAUUGCUGUACUGAUUGAAGAUGGUGCCCAUCACUUGGAUUUGAGACAUAAAAACCCGUUGGACCCUCCGUCAGUCGUGCAGGCGCGAAAUUUGGAGAAAUACUACAUCAGCAGAUGGAUUGCCGAAGCCGAGAAAAAGAAAAAGGAUAAAGCCAAGCUUAGAAUUUCUGAUAAGGGAAAGUUUAGGAGUAUAUCAAUUCGAUGAUCUGUUAGUUGUUAAAAUAUAACAGCGAUUUUGUUUAUUUUUGUAUAAGCCGGCUUAAUCCUUUUUAAGUUUUCUACUUUGGGCACGAAUUUUUUUUCAACGAUGUUUCUUUCCUAUAAAUUAAGUAUAGUAAAACGAAAAUUAAGGCGAUCGUAGCAGCCAAUCAAAACAAAUAAUUGACAAAG